AUGGACCCUGGCAGCUGUCCACACCUGGGGAAGUCGUCUGAACUCUGUAAGUCAGCAGACAGGCUCAGGGUCAGUAUCAAUAACAGAGUUUUUACUUUAAAUAAAAGUGUUGCAGCGGACAAAUGUGAGUUCUUCAGAGCUUUGUUGCAGUCUGGAAUGAAAGAGUGCAGACAGGAGGAGAUCCAGCUGCGAUGUGUCGGGGUUCAAGGCUUUCUAGUCCUGCUUCAGGUACUGGAUGGGAAACGACCCAUGCUUAACAGUGACCAGAUUGUGGAAGCUAUUGAAUGUACAGCAUUUCUUCAAGUGCCAGCUCUCACCAAUCACCUAAUCAAUAUGAUCAACUCUGAAAACUGCAUUCUCAUGUAUCACACUGCAGCAACCUAUGGUGUUUGGGAUCUGUCUCACAGGUCAGCUUUAUUCAUCAGAGACAUGUACAGUGACUUGAGUGAGCACAUGCAAAGCUUACCCGCAACCCUGCUAGAGUACAUCAACUGUCUUCUUCCGAGUAGCUACAUGGCAGUAUGCAGUCACUCUCCCUCCACUGAGGAGCUCCAGGAUAUCCAGAGGACAGUCUGCUACCUGGAUGAAGCCCAGAGAGAGUGGAGGGUCCUCACACACCUACCGAGCAGCGUCAGCACCACCAUGGCAGGUGUAGCUGUGCUUGACAAUAAACUCUACAUUAUUGGAGGAGUGCAUGAUGUGAACAAGAAGGUGGUGGAAGCUGGAUUCUGCUACAACCCUGCAUCUGACUCAUGGUCCACUCUGUCUGGCACCCGACAGCUCUGCUACAACUUGACUCUGAUCGGCCAUGAGGGCUGCCUGUAUGCUGUGGGAGGAGAGUAUAACAUGAAGCCCCUGUCCUCCGUGGAAAGAUAUGCACUGUGUGACAAGAGCUGGAGUUUUGUGUCACCGCUGCCAUGCCCUGCGGCCUCAGUCAUGUCUGCUGUCGCCAUGAGCAGGAUUUUCAUCUGUCUGUGGAAAGGGAAAGGGGCAACAGACAUGUACGAGUACAUACCUGAAGCUGACUGCUGGGUUUUGGUCACCACACUGGUCCGCCAACACAGUUAUGGCCUUUACAUGGUGGCCCAUGAGGACAAUGUGUAUGUGAUGCGUAACAGAGCUUGUGAUGACUUCUUGAUGUGUGUGAUGGACUGCUACAAUCUGAGCUCACGUCAGUGGACCUCCGUGUCUGGACAGUACGGAAACACCAAAGGUUCUCUGUCCACUGCUGUGGUCAGGGGAGACUCUGUGUUCACCCUCAGCAGACAUGUUACCACAGAGUAUACUGUGGAUCAACACAAAUGGACACUGAGGCGGGAGAUGAAAGGUUUUGGCCGGAUUGGAUCCAUAUACACAUUUCUGAUGAGACUACCCAAAGUAACUGCUUCACUCUCAGAAGAUAGUGACAAUGUGACCCAGGAAGAAACAGUCCCAGUCCCCAGAGUUCAUCCCAAACCUCUUGGAAACUCUGAAUAA